CCGCCGUCGGGCAGAGCGAGCGACAGAGACGGAGCGACGCAGAGAGCUGCCGCUGCGGCGGACUCAGUCGAGGCGCAGUGGCCGGGCCUGCGUGUCCUGCGCCCAACUCUCUCGCUCUCUCUCUCUUUCUCUUUCAUUCUCUCUUUCUCUCUCUCUCUGUCUCUCUGUCUCUCUCUCUCUCUCUCUCUCUCUUUCUCUGGGCCGUCUGCUCUCUCGUCUUCGGUCCUCCAGCCGCAGCUCUGCUGCACUAUCGCGCCCAUCCACGCACACUCGUCGUCGUCCUUCCCGCUGUCCUCCCCACCGUUCCUCUCUGUUCACGCUCAGUGCGCGCGAUACCAUGGUCGGCUAAGUUGCGUGUCAGUGCGGCAUGUCGCCCGGAACGGCGACCAACUGCUCUCCGGGAGACCCGGCGGCCCUCGCCCGUCCACCGCACGAGGUGAGCCCCCAGUAAGGACGCCGAGUUUACGAAAUUUCUCCUGCGCGACGGGCGACAAUGAAGCCGGGGACUCGGCUGGCCUCUUCCGAAACGACUGUGUGGAAGCGCGGCUGCAGGCUCAAGUAGUCCUGGCGGCUCUGGCGCGGUGCUGUUGAGGUGGCGGCGGAGGACCAGCAGCCGCGGCCGCUAUGAACGCCAGCGUCAACAUCGAGAGGAACUCGUGGCGGCUACCCCCCGACGAGACCGUUCAAGUCGGCGACUCCCGCUCAAAAUCCACCCAGGUAAAAGAGGACCUCUCCUAUCCAGGCGAGGGGCACAACUGGCGCAGCAUCAUCUUCUCGCUGCUGGUCAUCAGCACCGUCAUCGCCGGCAUCGUCACCGCCAUUUACCUGCUCGGGUACGUGGACGAACUUCUGUACUGGAGCGGUCGCCGACUGACGCUGGAGGAGUGCCUGCACGGCGACUUGACUCCCCGCAGGCUGCCGCCCUCUUGGAUAUCGCACGACAAAUUCGUCUACCAGGCGGACGACGGUUCGCUCGGCCUUCUCGACACCUCCAACAACUCCAUCUCGCUUCUGGUGUCCAACCACACUCUCAGGCAGCUGAACGUGCAAGGCUACCAGUGCAGCGCGGACCUACGCUACGUGCUGUUCAAGCACAACGUGAAGCCGGUGUUCCGGCACACGUCUACUGCUCAUUACACCGUGUACGAUGUCACCAACGACCACCACAUGCCCCUUCGGCUGCAGGCCUCGUCGCGGGUCCAGCAGACGCCCUUCCAGCACGCCGCCUGGCUUGGCAACAGCACCGCGCUGUUGAUGGUCUCGGACAACGACAUCUACGUGCGCAGCUCGCCCACCUCCAACGAGGACACCAGGCUCACCGACACCGGCGUGCCCGGGAUCAUUUACAAUGGGGUGCCCGACUGGCUCUACCAAGAGGAGGUCCUGCCCCGGCCCGACUGCACCUGGCCCAGCUCCGACGGCUCUCACCUCAUGUUCGCCAGCUUCAACGACUCCAAGGUUACUGCUUUGGAAUUCCCGUGGUUCGGAGCGACGAUGGGCAGUGAUGUGCAGCGCAAAGGUGUAUUCCCGCCUGCCAGAUCGGUGAGAUACCCCACGCCGGGCUCUCCCAACCCCGAGGUGGACGUUUGGAUUGUGGACUUUGCCAACGUGACAACGGCCUACAACAAUACUACUAACACAACCAGCUCCACUCCUAAUAAAGUGAAACUCAAGCCGCCACCUGUGUUUGACGGCCAGGAGUAUUACCUGAUAUCGGCGGGCUGGAUCGGCGAGGACUCGUCGCAGGUAGCGGUGGUGUGGAUGACGCGCUCGCAGAACCUGUCGGUGGUGUCGGUGUGCCGCGCGCCCAGCUGGGAGUGCGAGGAGACGCACUCGGAGCGCGCGCCCGAGGGACAGUGGCUGGACGCCCAGCCUCACCCGGUGUUCGCGCCUGACGGCGACAGCUUCCUGCUGCUCGCGGCCGUGCAAGAAGGCGACCAGGAGCACUUCACGCACAUCAAGCACGUCACUCUCACCCAGCAGAGAAUCGCCGUGCUGUCGCACGGCCGGUACGAGGUCAGCGAAAUUCUGGCCUGGGACACCAAGUCCCACCUGGUCUACUACUUGGCGAGCAAGGAAAACAGCCCCGGCCAGAAGCACUUGUUCUCGGUGAAAGACCCGAUAGCCGACGAUCCUCGCCGAGUGGAGCCCUACUGCGUGACCUGCGAAAUAGGCGACUUGCAGUGGAACAGCCGGCUCUACUACACCAACUGCUCGUACUUCGGGGCGUCGGUGAACCCUCCGCUCGGCGACGAGGCCGCGCAGCCGCGGGACGACGAGGAGUUUGGCUACUACGUGCUGUACUGCAACGGUCCGGGACUGCCGCUGGCCGCGGUGCACUCGAUGCGAAGCAACCGGAUGGUCAGGGUGCUGUACGACACAAGGAUACAGAGGGCCGAGCUGAUGUCGCAGCUGGCGCUGCCCAAGCGGCAGAGCUUCGAGGUGCCGCUGCCGCAGGGCUGGCGCGCGCAGGUGCAGCUGCUGCUACCGCCGUCGUGGCGCGAGGAGCUGCGCGACGCGGCCUUCCCGGUGCUGGUGGAGGUGAACGGCCGGCCGGGCAGCGCCGCGGUCACCGACCAGUUCGGCAUCGACUGGGGCACCUACAUGUCCAGCCACAACGACGUGGUGUACGUGCGCCUGGACGUGCGCGGCUCGCGCGGCCAGGGCAAGCGCGCGCUCUACCGGCGCAUCGGCGGCGUCGAGGUGCAGGACCAGGUGACGGUGCUGCGCCACCUGCUCGACACCCUCAAGUACCUCGACGAGUCGCGCGUCGGCGUCUGGGGCUGGGGCUACGGAGGAUACGUCACCGCCAUGGUCCUCGGCAGCCAGCAGGGCGUCUUCAAGUGCGGCGUCGCCGUCAAUCCCAUCGCCGACUGGCUCCUCUACAACUCGGCGUUCACGGAGCGCGUGCUGGGGCCGCCGUCGGAGAACUACAAGGCCUACGUGGAGGCCGACCUGACGCAGCGGGCGAGGCUGGUGCCGAGUCACAGCCUGUUUCUGCUGCACGGCAUGGCCGACCACACGGCGCCCUACACCCACGGAGUCUACCUCGCCAAGGCCCUGACCGAGUCGGGGGUGAUCUUCCGAUACCAGAGCUACGCGGACGAGGACCACGCUCUGACGGGCGUGCUCAGCCACGCCUACCGUUCCAUGGAGGACUUCCUGACCCAGUGCCUCGCCCUGGACAUCUCCUCCUAGUGCCUCAGCGGACAAGCGACCGUCGCGGCCUCGUCGCGGCCUCGUCGCCACUUGUCUCUCCGAUCUGCCGUUCGCCCCGACGACGGCGGACGUCGAGGCAGGGCUCGCGUCGCUCGCGUCGCUCGCCCACCACUCGCACUUGGGCUUCGCCCACUUGCUUUCGGCCACUUUCGCGGUCGUCCGGCAGCAGGCUGAUCCGAGCCCUGUCCCCCGAACCCUGCCACUCGUCGACCAAAGGAAUCGAGUCCGCGAUACAAUCACACCUGGAAACCAACUGUCGAUAUUUACUGGUUGUCCGUUUCGAGCUCCGCGCACGGCGCGCUGCGCCCAACUCAUUCGUGUACGGCUUUCUGCGUCUACUCGGCUAACUUUAACCGAGAGCCAACAGCUGUAAUAUAUAUAAUAUUACGUUUACGACUAUCACGCCUAGGGAUGUAAGAAUAGCAACAGAGAGCGAGUUAUCCACUUUCGGCCUCACCACAACUUACGCAUGCGCGCUGCACGAACUUGCAUACAAGGUACACUUUGAGAGAUAUUUGUACAUAACUAUUCAACGUGCAUCAAUAUUGUUAUCGCGAAAAUUAAAAAAAAAAGAAAAAAAAAAAGAAAAAAGAAAAAAAAGCGAUUAUUAUUAUUAUUAUUAUUAUAUAUAAUGCAAAUAAGUUGUCGAGAUUUAUUGCGAAAAGUCACUCUUUGAAUCUAGGUAUGGUCGUUACUGUUAUUGUUGUAACUAUCAUUGUCACUGGGUCAGGAUAAAGAGAACUGCGAAAAGAAAAAAAAGAAAAAAAAAAGAAAAAAAAAAAAGAAAAAAAAGAAAAAAAAAGAAAAAAAAAGAAAAAAAAGAAAAAAAAAGAAAAAAAAGCGAGGCGAGAGAUAGAGCCGUGCGUCCUGGUCGGCCCGCUAGAAGGAUUCGAGCGAGCGCGACGAGGACGCACGGCACGGACGAGAAUAAAUCCGCACGCUGUGCGCGCCGCAGCAGCCCUUAUAUGCCGACAAUCAAGGCUAGUGCAAGUAAUCAAACAAUAAGUAAGUCGAUAAGGAAAAAUGUAAGCGUAGUAGCGAUAUGAUAAUAGUUAACUGCUGGCUUGCGUCGCCGCCGCGGGAGGAGGAGGAGGAGGACGGUAGGUCGACGGGCUCGCGAGCUUACCUCGCGCGCGGAUAGCGGGGCCUGGUUGAAUCGAGCUUCAUUCAGUUUUUUCCGCUCAGCGAGCGGCGCUUAUGCUGUCCCGCGCGCACGCGGACACGCAAAUACGAGCUGUCGCGCGUGGAACGACUAUACGACGAUACACGAUACAUGCAGAUUAUUUAUGCCACUUGUUAUUUAUAUAUUAACGUAUGUGCAAUUCAUAGUCGGUGUAAAAUGUUGCGUAGAAUUGACACGAAACACGGUGCUGUUGCUAUUAGUUGUAAUGGAGUCAUCUGAUUAACGAUGAGAUACGAUCGUCGAUGUGUGUUUGUGUGUGUAUUCAAAAGACAAAGUGUUUUACGGAGCAUUCGUGUGCAUUGCAGUAGGUCGGAAAAUUUACCAAAAAAAAAGAAAAAGAAAAAGGAAAAAAAAAUCAAGUUUAUCGUUGGUCGAUGUGUAAUACGAUUGCAGGCUGGGCUCGAUCGGAGUCGCGCGAGUUACGACGCUGACGCCGCAAUUUUUCGUCGACUCGUUGCCACGAUUCAAUUAGUUUUUUCCUCCGCCCGAGUCUUUCCGCGACGAACAGGAAACUUCGCGCCGCGCGCAUAUAGCUCCGAGGACCGUGAUGCAGACUUUUCGAAUACGUCACCGGUAAAAAGUCUCGUGCCAAAAGUUUCGCGAUGGACCGUCGCGUAUCUCACGCCCAGCGCCGGGCGUUGUUUAUAUAGUGGAACGCGGCGACAAAUAAACACCGAGAUAAAACGCACGCGCGCGCGCGAGCUAUGGGAGAAAGUUGUUGAAUUUCAGAUAUUCGACGGCGACUGCGUCGUUGCCUUCGCGGCCUCGUAUACUGACUCGCGUAAUUUAGGGGCGCGUCUUUUAUUUUGCUCGCGCAUGACGUUACAAUCGAGGAUGUGGGCGAGCAAUUCGGCCGCUGGUUUUGCGCCGCGAUCAGUCAUUAAGUGUUAAACGUAUAAACGUUCGAACGUUUUAGAAAGGAUUUUGGACUUUGUUUUUUAUUCUAUUCCGAACGAGUUUAAAAUAUUCGAGGGCUCUAUAUCAUUGCGUUGCGCAUAUGUAGACAUUACAAAUUAUUUGAAGAAUAAUGAAAAACAUUUCGUGUUUUUAUAUAUCACGUUAUAGACUUUUGUACACCAGAACGGAUUGUAAUGAACUUCCAUCUAGAGAUUGUUUCAAAUUUAUUAACACGUUUUUCAAGCUCUUUUUUCGAUCGUAACAUUGAUAAACAUAUUAAACUGUAGCGUAAGUUUAUUGUACAAAAAUGAGAAAGUUUGUAGAUAGAAAAAUAAAAGUUGACUUCUCGUUAUGAUCUCUGGAGCCCACGGGAAAAAUGCGUUAGAUCACAAUAAUAAUCACAAUGUACGAGCGGACACUUAACGUUCUCGCUAGUAACGCAUAGAAAUAAUCUACAGCUUGAUAACAUUUAACAAGAAGAAAGCGGCCGCUAACCCAGCUGAAGAAGGAUGCACCGACGAGAGCGCGAAACUCAAUCAAAAUCGCUAUUUAAGGAAUCUCAAAUUUUUGCAUUUUCUAUCGAACCUUAUCCCCGACUUUUUCUCUCCGAAAUCUGUUUGUGCUUUUUCGUCUUUUGUAAAAAAUGAAUGUCAAAAGUCUACGUGUGUCGACGGAAACAAAAAUAUAUUUCUAAUCGUUCUAGCUUCUUACCAGAAACUUGCAAAAUUUGAGUUUUCCGAAGCUGUGGGCAACAAAUUUGUACAGGCGCGAAAAGACUCGCCAGCGGCGCUGAUGGUGAAAGAUCUAAAUUGUAAGUGUCGCUUUAGUCGUCGCUGCUUUGGCAAAAGAAAAAGAUAAUCGAAAACAAAGAAACAAACAAAAAAAGACUUUCGUACGAAUUUUUCAGACUCCUAAAUUAGGAAAAGGAGACUCUGGAAGCUCGAAAAUGAAUCUGCGUCAAUUACACUGAGCAAAGCGAUAUGUUAGUUACGUAUAAUAUUAGAGAGAAGCGCAUGGUGAUGUGACAGCGCCGUCGAACUUGCGAUUAGCACCAGUUAUUAUCUUCCACCGUAACACUCACGAGAUAAUCAUGUUACUAAGACUCUGCGUUUUUUAAUAUCAGCGAGACGAGGCACGGCCCGAGUAUGUCGGGCGGGCGACAAUGUUUUCAAUAAACUGUUACAUUACCUGAACCCUUAUGUUAUCUGUCUUGCAAUUUGCUUGAAUCCAAUCGUUAUUUUAACAGUUGUUUAUAGACGCAAACAAACGAUAGUCGAUAAAUAUUUUCGUU